AUGCCUGACAACGCACAAGAUCCAGCAAUGAUGAUAUGUUAUCGCGAAUGUUUAUCUAAUUUAGAAAAAUUCAACGGUAUUGGAGAACAAAAAGCUGUACAAUUUAUCAAUAACAUCGAACGAAUUGGGAAAAUGAUUGAUGCAAAUAAUAAUAUUUUAUAUUGUAUGUGCACGGCCAAAUUAGAUGGUGAAGCCAAGCGCUGGUAUGAAAACAAUAUGGCAUUAACCCAAUGUGAAAAUCUGAAAUCAGCAUUUUUGGAAAGAUUCACAACAGCCGAUGCAUCAUCAAGAAUAUUUGAACAAUUAAAAGAACGUAAACAAAAACCAGAUGAAAUAGUUACAUCGUAUUAUGAUGCGAUUAUUAAAUUAGGUCAUGAAUAUGAUACAAAUAUGUCUGAAAAAAUGAUGAUAUCAUGGCUUGAGAAUGGAAUUAAAGAUUCAUUAAAAAUUCAAAUUAAACGUCAAAUGAAAUCGUUACCAGAAUCAGCACGAACCACACAAACAUUUUUAAAAAUUGCAAAAGAUGAACAGGAAUUACAGAAAGAAAAUAUUCAUGAACCUGAACCAACAUCAGCAUACAUGCCAUAUUUUACAAAUACAGUAUCAACAACAUUACGACAAGAGGAAAAUAUACAUACAAACGCUGUGGGACAACCGUAUUCUCCACAAACAACUGCACCACAUGAAUCCAAAAUUAUACAUCAACAACGAACAAAAUUCAAUGAAACACAUCGAUCGCAACCACGAACUCGUCAAUCACCAUCACAACAACAUUUAUCUACAUCGAGACCACAAUCAUCAACAUUUCAUCGCAAUACACAACAAAUUAAAUCAAAAAAUGUUACAGCAACUGGUUCAUUAAAUAUUAAAACGCGUCAAACAAAUACUUGCUCCAUUUGCUAA